AUGGCGGUCUCGAUGAGCAGAAUGACUCUUCUGAUGGGGGUUUUCAUGGGUUUUGUGAUGGUGGGUUUGGUUACCUCCUCGAAAUUUGACGACCUGUUCCAGCCAAGCUGGGCUUUCGAUCACUUCAUCUAUGAAGGGGAGCAGCUGAAGCUGAAACUUGACAACUCUUCUGGAUCUGGGUUUCAGUCCAAGAGCAAGUAUCUGUUCGGGAAGGUGAAUAUACAGAUUAAGCUUGUGGAGGGAGACUCUGCUGGGACUGUUACUGCCUUCUAUAUGUCAUCAGAGGGUCCUAAUCACAAUGAGUUCGAUUUCGAGUUUCUGGGCAACACCACAGGGGAACCCUACCUCAUCCAGACAAAUGUCUAUGUCAAUGGUGUUGGCAAUAGGGAGCAAAGGAUGAACCUUUGGUUUGAUCCCACCAAGGAUUUCCACAACUACUCCAUCUUUUGGAACCCGCGCCAGGUUAUAUUUCUAGUGGAUGACACUGUGGUGAGGCAGCACUCAAACUUGGAGCACAAGGGAAUCCCUUUCCCCAAAGACCAGCCAAUGGGAGUCUACAGCUCGAUCUGGAACGCUGACGAUUGGGCGACUCAAGGAGGUCGGAUCAAAACCGAUAGGAGCCAUGCCCCAUUCAUUGCCUCCUACAAAGGUUUCCAAAUUGAUGCAUGCGAGAGCCCUGCUUCAUCAGUCUCAGCAGCUGAUUUGACCAAGAAGUGCACCAGCAGUGGUGAGAACAAGUACUGGUGGGAUGAACCAGCAUUGUCUGAGCUCAACCUUCACCAGAGCCAUGAGCUGCUCUGGGUUAAGGCCAACCACAUGGUCUAUGACUACUGCAGUGAUAAUUCUAGGUUCCCUGUGACACCUGAGGAGUGCCAGCACCACCGUCAUUAG